AUGAGAUUAUUAGGAGAAAGCAAUAUUAGGGUGCGGCCUUUAAACGAUGCGAAAGCUAUAGACAACGGAGCGACAUUUCUGUCUGAAUCAUUUAUUUUUUCAAUUGCCGGUGGGCUAAUCCUUUUUGAGAGCUAUAGAUCGCAUAGAAAGGAAGUUACAAGACGUGAAUCAGUUGCUGAUGAUAUACAGGCUCUCCAAGACGAAAUAGAAUGGCUCAAGGGUCAACUCAAACAAAACAAGUUAUUGAUGGAAGAGUACCAUCUUCCUAAAGAUAUGAAGCCAUCAAUUUUGAAGCAGUUACAUGAGAAAGAGGUAGCUUCUGCAGUAGUGGGAGAGACACAAGGCAAGCAUCUUACAGUACCCAUCACAGUGCCGGCCUCUAUUCCUACAGCAGCAGUUAUCUCAUCCAAUCAAUCCAGGACCGUAUAG